AUGGAGUCACAAACUUAUCGAAUUCGCCCUGAAUCCCCUUUCAGCGCUGAAUAUCCUUUAUCAGAAUGCGAUCGCCAGGUUCCUGUGCGAUUCAUCCGCAAAGCAUUCAUCUAUGCUACAGAUGAUAAUAUCUCAUCUACAUCCCAAGACGGCAAAAUCCUUAUACAAAGACUCCAAGAAAGUCUAAAAGUUCAGAUUCGAGAUCUCAAUUCAGAUACCUUUACCUACCCGCAGCUACUGGGCCGUGUUAUCCCGCCUACUGAUGGGAGACCCUCAUACGUCAGAGUCGAAGAAUCGUCUGCUAUCCAAUUGAAAGUGAUAGAUAGGCCGGAUAUUGAGUUUCGAAAUCUUCAUCGAAAUGGAAGGUUCCCUCUGGAAACUAUUACCACUGGCGUAUUCGGAGUAGGACUUGAGAAGGAAAAUCUAAUUGAAUGGCUAGGUGGGCCACCAAAUCUGGCCAUUCAAUUAACUUUUGUUUGUGGUGGAUUCGUCCUUUUGCUCGCAUUUGAUCAUCGAAUUUGCGAUGGCUAUGCGGCCGGUGGAUUUGUUAAACGUUGGUUUCGUCAAGCUAGGCUCGGAUCAGUUGCAGGUCUUGAAUCUGAAGACGGAUCAAUAUCUACAUUUGCUAUCCAUGAUAAGACCGUGCUUAGCCAAACAGAACUGGAAGGGAGUGAGCACGCCGCCCAAAAGAUGAGAGCUUUAUACAAAAUCUCCCUACCAUCACAGCAACCGAAGAAAUGGUUUCAAACAUCAGCAGAGACAACAUCGAAAGUCUUCUGGAUUCCGGCACCCAAGAUCAAAGAAUUAAGGUCAAUCGUAGGGGAAAGCUCCUCGCUGACACCAACUAUAUAUGAGUCUCUUCUCAUUAUUCUCUGGCGCAGCAUUAUUCGCAAUCGGGUAACGACUGAAACUGAAUUAGCAUCUACGAUGAGCAAAGCGGCCAUAGUUAUGUGUAUGCGCAAACGUUUAGAGCCUCCGCUCCCAAAGGACUACUUUGGAAAUGCCGUCGCGGGAAUAUUUGCCAUGCAGCCGCUUUCCAAUUUCAAGGAAGAGGACUUUAUUCCGAGAGCAAUUCAAAAAGUACAGGAAGCAAAGAAACUUGAUGGGACGGGUUUCAAUUUACAGGUAACCAGCCUGUUAGUGGGAGAGCAACUGCGUAAGUUUGGUAUCGGUCCACCAAUAGAUCUUUUGGGAUAUGAUGUUAUCUUCAAUUCUUGGGAGCAUAUCUACACGAGCACCGAAGAGUUGGACUUGGGAAUUGGCCAAUUCUGCACGAUGCGUUUUUUGAUGGAUAACCCAAUCAGCCCUUCCUACAUAUGUACCCUUCCAACUUAUGGUAAGAGAUCAGUUGAUCUCAAGGAUAGCGCAUCUUGUCAGUAUCCCGGCGGCAUAGAAUUACAGGUGAGUCUUGUGGAGAAUGAGAUGGCUCUACUGGAGAAAGAUGAAGAAUGGCUGAAAUAUGCCGUUGUUGUUUGA